AUAGUUUUCGUCCUCACUUGAUUUUAUUUGUUCUCUUUCCGGUAUUCCGUCUCCGUUCUCUCUCUCUCUCUCCAAAAAGUCCCCUUCGGCCUUUGCUCUUCACGGCUCCAAACCCCAACCCCUCCCCCCCCCCAAUCUUCAUUCUUCACUCACAAAACCUCUUGCAUAUUUUACCGUCCUCCGAAUCUUUGACGCUGCGAAUUUCCCUAAACCCCUCGAUUAUCUUGUUAUUACGAUCCUGCCCCCUACCCUCUGCAACUACCACAUCUCCCAGCAAUGCCUCUCAUGGCCGCCUCGUCGGCUUCCCCUGUGAUAUUGAAUUAAGUAGAAUCAAUUUGUAAUCGGGCGAAGCUGGAUGUCGCAUUGGGUUCGCAUUUUUUCUAGAAGAUUCUGUUCUCUUAAUUGCUGGAAUUGUUCUAGGCAAUUGAAGCCAUUUGAUUGUUGCAUCUAGUGGGAGUUUGGAACUUUGAAUUCUAUAAAAUACUACUGGAUAUUACAGGAGAGUCCUAUGGAGCUGAAAGUUUCAUCUCCAAAGCCGGUGGGUCUUUCUCCCUCUGAUUGUGUCAGUGAUCCUGAGGAGAAGGAAGUCAGCGAUGAUGAUGAUGAUGAUCGAAACCAUAAGCAUCGUAGGCGGGAGACGCGCUCCCAAUCUUCGGAAAGAGAUGCUUUGGAGCAUGUGAUAACAAGGCCGUAUAGAAAACGCAACAAACCUUACGAAAAUGGGCAUCCUUUUAGGGAAAAUGAAUCUCAAACAAGUGAGAAAGACCUAUCUUCAAAGUUUGAAAGAAGACGCCAAGGCUUAACAUCACGAGCACCUUUGGAUUUAAAUCACAGAUUUUGGGGAAACCAAACAUUUUCUGGAGCUGGUCCUGGUAGGGGACGAGGCUGGGACUCUGGCACUUGGAACCAACGUGAUUCAAGGUUCAGUUCAGUUGACAUUGCAUCUCAAAUGGUUCAGCAGGGUUCCAUUCCUUCAAACCUGUAUAAUGGAAGAGGGUUGCCAAAUGUUUCAAAUGCCCAGGGUGCAUCCUGGAAUGCAUUUGGACUAAUUACAGGACUACCAACUGGUGGCCUAGAAACACUUCAUUCCAUUGGUUUGCAAGGAACACUCAGACCAUCCAUCAAUUCUUCAAUGAAUAUGGGCAUUCCUCGUCAACGCUGCAGAGACUUUGAGGAGCGUGGAUUUUGUCUAAGAGGGGACAUGUGCCCCAUGGAGCAUGGUGUCAAUAGGAUUGUCAUUGAAGAUGUUCAGAGUCUUUCACAGUUUAACCUUCCUGUUUCACUUCCAAGUGUUCACCUUCUGGGAACACCUGCUGGAACAAGACCUUUGCAAUCAGUUAGUGCUUCUUCAACCACUUUGAUGAACAGCAAGGGAUUGCUUAACAAAAUUAGCAAGCCUGGAAUAGUCGAUGAUGGUUUGGGGCCGAAUGGUGCAUUUUCUGGUUCAGGUUGUGUGGGUGGAGCUGAUUUGUAUGAUCCUGAUCAACCCCUGUGGAAUAACAACUGCCCUGAAACGUCAAAUGGCCUACUCACUCUACAAUCACCCAAGAAUGAUGAAACUGAAACCAUGUUGGAUGAUGAUCUCUCUGAUAGGCACAAUGGCAGGUCAUAUGACAGUGCUGAUAAUGAGUGCCUUGUUAGAAGCACCGGAACUGCUGUUGGCUUACAGGGUACUGGUUCGUCUGUUUGGGGUAGAAUUGGUGGUUCAAAAAAUAGAUUAGACAUGAAGGCAAAAAUUGAUUCUUCGAUUGUUUCCUCGGCUUGUUUUGAGAAUGAAGCUAAGGAAGAUAAAGGGGCCUUAGCCAGUGUUCAAGGCACUUCCCGCCAAGGAAAGCGGAUCGUUGCUGAUGAUGUUGGUCCAAAAGCUACAGCUUCAUCUCCCAAGAGACCGAGUGAUACUGCGCGUAACAUCCGGAAACCUUCUCAAAAGGCUUUGCGUACUCUAUUUGUCAAUGGCAUUCCCCAGAAAAACAAUAAAAGGGAAGGUCUUCUUUCUCAUUUUCAAAAGUUUGGAGAGGUAAUUGAUAUUUAUAUUCCAGUAAAUGGUGAAAGAGCAUUUGUCCAAUUCUCAAAAAGGGAAGAGGCAGAAGCUGCUCUCAAGGCACCUGAUGCUGUAAUGGGUAAUCGCUUUAUCAAGCUGUGGUGGGCUAAACGUGAUAGCAUUCCUGAUGAUGGCAUAAACAGUGGUGGUGGUGUAUUUGUAACUCCUUGUGGUGCAACAGCUGCUUCAGUUCCAUAUCUCCCUUUUCUUAGCAAAGAGAAAGACAUUAAUCAGUCUGCCGCUUCAAAGAGUAGUGUUCUCCAUGCUUCUGAUGCCUCCGGACCUGUCUCUGAUCACCCUAAGCCUGUCAUCCCGGAUGGCCCUAAGGCUCCACCUUUGCAAAAGAAGCUGGAGAGUUUAGAGUAUUUGAAAGAGGAGCUCCGCAAGAAACAAGAAUUGCUGGACCAGAAGCGGAAUGACUUUCGGCGCCAGUUACAAAAACUCGAGGAACAAGCUACAGGUCCGAAGGGCGAGGUAGUUUCUGAACAAGUUGCAAAGAGACCUAAACUGGAAAUAGUGGCUGAUACUGCUAAAGCCGCUACUCCAAGGUCCUCCUCUGAUCCUGGUUCUGCUGUGGCGUCACCACAUGCCGAGAUGGUGGGGGAUAAGAACAAAUCAUUCGAUAAUGUCAUGUCCCAUAGUCCCAAAAUAAGCACAAGCCUGAUGCUGCAGGAAUCUAUGAGCUUAAAGCAGCCAAUUCGUCCAUUAGCACCUGUAGGGGCCCCUUUUCUAACGAACAGAUACAAAUUGGACAACCGUCCUACUGCAUUUAGAAUUCUUCCACCUUUGCCAGCUGGACUUGUGAGUGAUGCUGUUUUGAAGGAACACUUUUCAUCAUAUGGUGAUAUUUCUAACGUGGAGCUAGAAGAUCUGGAUGCCAGUGAGUCAGAGGCAUCUAAAAAUUGCUCAGCUUGUAUAACUUUCACCACACGUCGAUCAGCUGAGAAUGCAUUUGUUAAUGGUAAAUGCUGGCAAGGCCACAAUUUAAAAUUUAUGUGGCUGACAUCUAGUAAUUCUUCUGGGGGCAGAGAAAAUUCUCCAUCCAUUCAUAAGGGGCAUUCAGAACCUGAUGAUCAGUCUCAAGAACAAAUAUCAGGUAUAAUACCUGAGGAAGUUUCUACUUCAGAAAAUGGAGAAUCUGAAAAUCCAGUAAGAAAAAGUGGUAUUGAGCAUACGGAGAUGGAUGAAGAUUCCCAGCCUAGUGCAAGCCCAAGGUCCGGUGAGAAAGAGUCGACUAAAGCCAAUGUCUGUUGAGGAUGGGUUAAAAAGAUUUGUACAGUGAGGUAAGAUAAAUCAUUAAUCUGUAAUUUUCAGGACGUUGCUUUAGCAAUUGCUGAAGAUUGAUUUUCCAAUGCUUUCUAUGUCAUGCAUGGGAUAUGUAGAAAGGGAAUUUCUUGAUUUUUGACCGCCACAUGAGAUAUUUGUUGGUAUAGUUGAGAGGUGAACAAUGUUGCCUUUCAGCUUGGAUAUAUAUGUUUAGGAACAAAGGAUUAAUUUUUUAUAACUCUUCUGCAAAUUAAUCGAUAUUUUCACUACAGAGAUUUGGGAUCUG